AUGGCCGUGCCCAGCGUCACCAGCGACAACUUUCUCGCCGUCGCCCUCGUCGUCAACCGCUCCCGCGACGGCCCGGCCUUUGUCUUCCACUACCCUGCCCAUGUCCAGCCCGCCUCCGGAUCCGGCCCCGCCCCUGGCGCUGAGCUCGAGGACAUCAUCCUCGAGCGCCUCUCCCAGCAGGGCUACCAGGACGUCGCCGACGACGACGCCUCUCUGCCCAAGCAGGCCCGCAACCCAGAUGACCACUUUGUCACCGAGUCUGGCACCCAGAUUGUCCCCUGGGAGCGUGUUGCUGGCUUCCCCGCCCGUGAUCUCGCUGGCAUCUUGACACCCGCCCGCCCCUAUCACAAGCGCCUCUUCCAGCUGUCCCUGGAUCCCCUCUACUGCGUCUCCUAUCCCAUCCACGUCCCUGAGAAUGGAAAGUGGAAGAAGCCCAAGAAGACGGCUCGCUCCAAGAAGCUCUCCACAUAUACCGAUGACCCUGCUGGCCUUCACGAAAUUGACCCCCUGGCUCCUGGAAAAGCGCCAGAGCAGCCCGUUGAGGAGAAGGAGGUUAAGAAGGAAGAGGGCAAGGACAAGGACGAUGAGAAGCGCAGUUCCAUGACCAUGUUUAACCUCGUCUUUAUCCUCAAUCCCAGCAGUAACGAGGUCAAGGAUGUUGUUGAGACCCUCUACGACCACAUCAUCAAAAAAGUCAGCAAGGUUUUUAAGUAUAGCCAGCAGCAUAGCGAGUUCGUCUGGAAGGAAUCAAAGCGAAUUCUCGUUGCCAAGGAUAAAGCACGAGAAGAGCGUAAAAAGAUGAGUGUGUUAUGGAGGGAAAUCAUACAGAGCUCAUCCCUAGCUGCCGCCAUGCACGACAUUUACGAGGCAGUAUCGCAGAACAAGAUCGCGGCUCUCCAUCUAGAUACUGCAGCUGGCGCCCUUACCCCUUCGGUUCAGAUCCCUGUUCCGUUCUACAUCGAUGAUCUUCCCCAAGGCGAAGAAGGGACACAGCGCGGCCUAUGGCUCACCACAGCAAACACCUUUAUCAGCCAGGAUGCCCUCGAGGAACCCGGUUUCCUAGACCGCAAUUUUGCACUAUUACUUACAGAUGACGAGAAGAAGAUCAUUUCUGAGCUUCAGGCCGACCCAGAUCCGACAACGGCUUCCGUAGUCGAGUUUGUGCGCUUAUCUAAACCUACACAAUCUUUCUAUCAAGUUGGCCAGAGCAAUAUUCUCACUUUGGGCCAAGUUCGUAAAUAUGCACAGCACUUCAUCUUCUGGCGUCGAGCCAUCGCCAUUCCCCCUCUACACGCCAAGGACCAGUACAUCCUCUCCCCAAAUUGUGAUCUCUCCCGUCUCUCCCUCGACACCCUCGAGUGGCAGCGAGCUUUCCCUCUUGCUCCGCCCCUCCCCAAUUUCCUCGCCGAGCUCUCCCAGACCCCUCGUCCCUAUAAACAAUUCUCCCCCAGCAAGGCCCACCGGCCCACCUACCUCCUCAUGCUGGCCUGGCUCAUGCGUCGUGGCUGGGUCACCCAGCUUUGUACCUUUGCCUACGUCGUAGUCUGGCCAGAGAUCCUCUACGAGGUUGAGUACGAGAUGGAGGCUGAGGAGAUCCGUGCCGCCGCCGAUGUCGAUUCGAAAUCUGGCUCCUCCACCGCCGCUCCAGGGGUGCCCCGCACCUCCGAGUCCUCCGAAGACCACUCCGGAACCGACGGCUCCCAUGUCCCCACCGUCGCCGAGCAGGCCGCCGAGAAAGCCCGGCUCGAGCGUAUCGCAUCCAAGGCCCAGCGGGAUGCUGCAGAAAAGGCUACUGCCCAUGCCCGAAAGGUCGUUCCCAUCGUCACGGCUCACCCCUCAGUCAACGACCACCCUCAUCUAGCCGGCCUCACACCGCACAUCAUCCUUGAUGCCAAAAAGGCCACCGGCAAGGAGUCGCGCUACCUUUCUGCUAUUGCGCGCCGUUUCAAUGACGAGAAGCUGGCAAACAGCUGGCAAGUCAUGUGCAAGUAUUUCGAUGGCCGUUGCGCCCUCGAGCGCAUAGCUCUGCAGGAGGACAUGAAGCGCAAGCUGGUCUGGAACACCCUGACGGCCAUGAGCGAGUAUCUCCUCUGCACCCGUCACUGGUGA